AUGAAGGCCUACGCUGUUGUUCUCUCCCUCGCGACCUUGGCGGUUGCUCAGAUGAAUGGAGGCGGCGCCCAGCCGGUCCCUCCUCCUGCCCCGGCGGCCGGAGAUACCCCCGCCUGCGCUGAGGCCAAAAUUCUCGCCGGAGGCAUUGCCCUCAACAUCCAGGUUCAGCAGCAGGAGGUGAACGGCCUGAAUGCUGUCAUGCAGGCUCUCUCGGCCAACCCGAUCAACCCCCAGCAGUUCCAGACCGCCAAGUCGAACCUCUUGUCAUUCGUCAGCGACGGCAUCCAAAUCCGCCAAGCGAACCAGCUGAUUGCCCCUACCGGAAACGGUGCGACGGCAGGACUGGCUGUGGUUGCCAAUGCUCAGCUUUCUGAGCUCGAGAAAGUCGCCGGCCUCACCGGAAACCCCCAGCAAGACAACCCUGUUACCCAGUCACUCAUGAUGGACUUUACCGGCGGCAUUAAGAAAAACAUGGAAAACCAGCAAGCUGUAAGCAUCUCUACCUUGAGCGUAUCUGAACGCCGCCAGCUGACGUUCCAUAGGCUGUUGUUGGCUGCUAAAGAACAUAAGUAA